AUGAGUAAUGAUUUUAGUAGGGUAAUGAAAAAGAUAUUAGAUAGGAAUUCACCGGAAACAAGUCUUAUUAUACCUCAAUCUGUAGGUUCGGAAGGACAGAUUAAUCAAAUUCUUGAAAAUUUGCCUCAAAAUUCGCAUAUCCAAGAAUUAACAUUCCUUUCGAAAGAAUUAUGCAACAUUCAUCAGAUUUUAACAUUUGUUGUCCAAAGACCUACGAUUACAUCCAUUAGAUUUCAAGAUUGCCCUGUAAGCGAUUAUGAUAUGAACGAAUUUGCCAAAGCUAUGCUCGCUGCUCCAAAAGACAGACCUCCUUUAAAGCUUAAAGUUGCUAAUGGUAAGAUUGGCCCUGAUGGAUGUGGAUUUCUUACAGAAGUGAUUCAAAAAGAGUGUCCUAUCGCUCAGGUCGCUUUAAUAUCAAAUCCAAUUACUGACUCUGCCUGUAAGGACCUUGUUUCCGUGAUUGGUUUGAAUCCAUACUUGAAAAGCGUGAUUUUAGAAGGAGUUGGCUUCGAAGCUAUGUCAUCUUGUCAUCUAGUUGAUGCACUUGAUGAAAAUAACGUUAUUGAAGAGCUUUCUUUAGCAGGAAAGUUCACAAAUAACUGCGCAAUCGCUGUAAAAUUAUUAAUCGAAAAUCCAAAUGCUAAAAUCAAGCGAGUAUCAUUUAAUGAUAAUAAGCUUACGACUAUGUUUAUAGAUAACUUGUUUCCAUCAAUAAGAAAAGCUGUUUCUCUUCAAUCGAUUUCUUUAGCGAAAUGCGAGUUAAAUUUCGAUAGUGUUACUACGAUUUCUAAAUCAAUUGAUUGUCAGAUGUCCCUGCAGUCCCUUGAUUUGUCAAAUACAUCAAUUGGACAGCACGAUGUUGCACAAUUAGCUGUUGCUUUGAUGCACCAAAGCACGCUUAGGUCUCUUAACCUCAGCAACAAUCCCGUUAAGUCAUUUGGCGCUUGGGCCCUUUUCCACGCUCUACAAAACAAUCUUUACCUCCAAGAGCUGAAUUUGAAGAAUACAGAGUUAGACGAUGAAUCGUGCCAGAGCCUUACUGAGUUCCUGGAUAAAAAUAAGACACUGAAAGUCUUGGAAAUAGGUUAUAACUCUUUCUCAGAAAAAGAACUUCAAAACUUCUCAAACAGACUCAGCAAAUCAUUUUCAUUACAAUUACUCGAUAUUUCUAAUAAUAAAACCGAUCCUUAUAAAGAUACAAUGUCAUCUAUCUUCGAUUUAGCAGAAACAAGCCAUACGCUCAAACGUCUGAUUGUAGGUGGAAACGCGCUUGGUCCUAAAUCAGUUAAUUCGCUUGUAAGAAUGAUUAAAAAUAACAGAACGUUGAAAUCAUUGAAAUUAUCGAAUUGUAGCUUAACACCAGAGCUCGGAUUGAUGAUCUCUGAAGCUAUCGCGAAUAAUUACGGACUUAGAGAUAUCGAUAUUACUCAGAACAACUUAGAUGAAAUUUCAGAAAAUUUUGCGCAGGCAUUGACCACUAACGCAUCCCUUUGCUACUUCUCAAUGGAUACAUCAUCAAAGAACCCAGAAAUAUUUAGAAGAACAAUAGAAAGAAAUAGAACGAGAUACAUCUCUUCAAUUUACCAUGAUUUCGAACAACUAGCGAAAGAUCACUGUUUUAUGUGA